UUGUGAUAUUGGUUGUGUAGGUUUAGAACCUUGCCCUACCGACCAUAAAAUAGUUCAGACCAUUACACGCGCGCGUUGUUAAUGCCAUUUCCAGUUCCUGCACACUGACCAGUAGCAGCAACCAACGUUACUAAUCCCCUCAAACACAACCACCCACUCCCCCAAGAAAGAGAGAGAGUAGGGAACCAUGGAACCCGACGUGAGCAUCGAGACAAGCUGCAUGAUCCGAAUCGCCGUCCUCCCAAUCGGCCAAAUCGCACCAUCUCUGUUCCGCGAUUACGUCUCUAUGCUCGAUCGCCACCAGAAGAUCGAUCUCUCUACUAUCAAUUCAUUCUACACCGAGCAUCAAAAAUCUCCCUUUUCCAAUCAGCCCUGGGAAUCAGGCAGUCUCCGAUUCAAGUUCAUGAUCGGCGGAUCUCCGCCUAGUCCGUGGGAGGAUUUUCAAUCCAACCGCAAAAUUCACGCUGUUAUCGGCAUUUGUCAUUGUCCGUCCUCGCCUGAUCUCAAUUCGGUUACUGAACAGUUUCAGGCUGCGUGUAAGCCGUAUGCCGCGGCAAUUGUGCACCGCUGCUUCGCAUUUUGUCCGGCUGAUUCACAGCUAGAGCAGCACGACAAUAAAAAAGAAGGCAGCCUGAUUAUGUUUCCACCAGCUGAUCGGCAGACUUUGGAAUUUCACUUACAAACAAUUGUGCAAGAUAUUGCUGCUUCUUUAUUGAUGGGAUUUGAGAAUUGGGUUCUUCAAGCAGAAUCUGGUGGAACGAUUCUGAAGACACCUCUAGAUUCCCAAGCAAGUCUCGUUUCAGAGGAGGUGAUCAAGGCAAAGAAACGGAGACUAGGCCGUGCACAGAAAACAAUAGGCGAUUAUUGUCUGUUGUCAGGAUCACCUGUAGAUGCUAAUGCCCAUUAUUCGACUGCCUUGGAACUUUCCAGGUUGACUGGGGAUUAUUUUUGGUAUGCUGGCGCCCUAGAGGGUAGUGUUUGUGCAUUGUUGAUAGAUAGAAUGGGACAAAAGGAUCCUGCUGUAGAGGAUGAAGUCAAGUAUCGAUACAAUAGUGUCAUUUUGCACUACAGAAAGUCAUUUAUACAAGACAAUGCUCAGAGAGUGUCUCCCCUAAGCUUUGAACUUGAGGCCACCUUAAAAUUGGCGAGAUUCCUUAGCAGAAGAGUGCAGGCCAAAGAGGUUGUUGAGUUGCUGACUACUGCUGCUGAUGGAGGGAAAUCAUUAAUCGAUGCCAGUGAUAGACUUAUCUUAUACAUUGAAAUAGCUCGUUUAUUCGGAACUAUAGGUUAUCAGCGAAAAGCUGCAUUUUUUUCGAGGCAAGUAGCCCAGCUAUAUAUGCAACAAGAAAAUCGUUUAGCUGCUAUUAGUGCCAUGCAAGUGUUGGCAAUGACUACUAAAGCCUAUCGUGUUCAAAGUAGAGCUUCUACCAUGAAAAAUCGCCCCCAAUCUGAAAUUGAUGUCGACCAGGCUGACAAUAGUAAAAUGCAUCAUCAUUUGGUGGUCUCAUUAUUCGAGUCCCAGUGGAGCACCUUGCAGAUGGUUGUACUAAGAGAGAUACUUCUCUCUGCUGUUCGUGCGGGAGAUCCACUUGCUGGGUGGAGUGCAGCAGCCCGUCUACUUAGAUCUUAUUAUCCUCUUAUAACUCCUGCUGGACAAAAUGGUCUUGCUAGUGCUCUUGCAAAUUCUGCUGAGAGACUUCCUUCAGGAACUCGGUGUGCUGACCCUGCCUUGCCUUUUAUAAGGUUGCAUUCUUUUCCUCUCCAUAACUCCCAAAUUGACAUUAUCAAACGCAAUCCAGCUAGAGAGGAUUGGUGGGCUGGAUCUGCUCCUUCUGGACCUUUCAUUUAUACACCAUUCAGCAAAGGGGAGUCAACUAAUAACUGUAAGCAGGAGCUGAUAUGGAUUGUUGGUGAACCGGUGCAAGUGUUGGUAGAAUUGGCAAAUCCUUGCGGUUUUGAUCUUAAUGUUGAUAGUAUAUAUCUUUCAGUGCAUUCUAGCAAUUUCGAUGCUUUUCCUAUCAGUGUAAAUCUGGCUCCUAAUUCCUCAAAAGUGAUCAUGCUAUCAGGAAUCCCAACUGAAGUGGGACAAGUGAAAAUUCCUGGAUGCAUAGUUCAUUGUUUUGGUGUUAUCACUGAGCAUUUUUUUAAAGAUGUUGAUAACCUGCUGCUAGGAGCAGCACAAGGGCUUGUACUUUCUGAUCCUUUCCGUUGCUGUGGAUCUGGAAAGUUGAAAAAUGUAUCUGUUCCAUUUAUUUCGGUGGUGCCACCUCUACCAUUGCUAGUAUCUCAUGUGGUAGGUGGUGACGGUGCUGUCAUAUUAUAUGAAGGUGAGAUACGUGAAAUAUGGAUUAGCGUGGCUAAUGCAGGUACAGUAUCAGUUGAGCAGGCGCAUAUAUCGUUAUCAGGAAAAAAUCAAGAUUCUGUCAUAUCAAUUGCUUAUGAAGCGCUAAAGUCUGUGCUUCCUUUAAAACCGGGAGCAGAAGUGACUAUACCAGUAACCCUAAAAGCAUGGCAGCUUGGUUCAGCGGAUCUUGAAAAUUUAAACAAGAACUCACAUGGAAAUCUAGCAAGGCAAGCGAAGGAUGGAAGCAGCCCUUUGUUGAUGAUCCAUUAUGCAGGAUUGCUUAACCCAGGGGAAUCAUCUGCUUAUGGGCGACGCCUAGUGACCCCAUUAAACAUCUGCGUGUUGCAGGGUUUAUCUUUUGUAAAAGCUCGUUUGCUUGCAAUGGAAAUUCCUGCACAUGUUGGUGACAACCCUCCUAGUGUAGAUCAAAUGGAUGGUGGCUUGACCGAGGUAGUUGAUGAUUCUGAAAGCAAGACGGAUAAACUGGUAAAAAUUGAUCCUUAUAGAGGAAGCUGGGGUCUACGCUUUCUUGAACUUGAGUUGUCUAAUCCAACUGACGUUGUCUUUGAGAUUGGAGUCUCCGUCCAGCUAGAGAACUGUAAUGAUAAGAACUCUGCUGUGGUUAAUGGUGAUAUUUCGGAGUAUGAUUAUCCUAAAACAAGAAUUGACCGAGAUUACACUGCACGAGUAUUAAUACCUCUAGAACAUUUUAAACUACCCGUUCUAGAUGGUAACUUUUUAAUAAAAGAUUAUUCGACAAAUGCUCCUGCCAGUAGCAAAAGCUCAAGCUUCUCGGAGAAGAAUAUGAAAGCUGAACUGAAUGCUUCUAUCAAGAACUUAAUUUCAAGAAUCAAGGUAAGGUGGCAAUCUGGACGAAAUAGCUCCGGGGAAUUAAAUAUCAAGGAUACAAUACAGGCAGCCCUUCAAACAUCCGUAAUGGAUGUGCUGCUACCAGAUCCGCUGACCUUUGGCUUUAGGAUUGCCAAAAGUAUUACAGAAGUUGUUACAGGAUCUGAUGUUCAAAAUAACUCUUCUGCUGUAAAAGGUUCUGUAGUGGCAAAUGACAUGACUCCUAUGGAAGUUCUUGUUCGCAAUAACACAAUGGAUACAAUUAAAUUAAGUCUUAGUAUUACAUGCAGAGAUGUAGCUGGUGAGAAUUGUGUUGAAGGCAACAAGGCGACAGUUCUAUGGGCAGGUGCUUUGAGUGGUGUCAAAAUGGAGGUACCUCCACUUAAGGAAAUCAAGCAUGCAUAUUCCCUUUAUUUUAUGGUCCCAGGUGAGUACACACUCUUAGCUGCUGCCGUGAUUGAUGAUGCUAGUGAAGUUCUCAGGGCUCGUGCAAAAUGUAAAUUGCUUGAUGAACCCAUCUUCUGUCGUGGCCCUCCAUUUCAUUUACGAGUUAAUGGGACUUUGUAAUUCUUCCCCAAAUGCAAUAAGAUGAAAUCAAGAUGUCAGUUAGCUUCUUCAGAGGAUAAUUUUGGUGUGAGGCCUGGAUGGAGCUUCUUGAGUCUGAGGGAGGGGCAUGAUCAACAUUUGAACUUUGAAGUGAUUCUUAUUUUUAUCUCUUCUACGAGUUCAGUUCUUGAAGAUGGUUUAAACUGUAUGCCUUUGCUUUUUAUGAAGUCUAUCCAUAUAUCAUGGCACAUCAUCUCCUGGAGACCUCAGUACGUAAAUUUUCUUGAGCCUUGUAUGAGAAACUUGUAAAGUUUGUGAUUUUUCUCUUUUUUAAAUUUAGCUCUCAUACGAGAAGCUUCUGUUUUCUAUUGCGACGGUGAUAGGUUUGAUAAUCGUCUGAAAAUAGCAAAUUAUUGUUACUGUUGUAAUAUUUACCACUUGUGGAAAUUGAUUCUAGUUUCUGAGGAGAAAAUCAUGUUAGUCAUAUAUUUUUCCAGCA